AUGACCGCUGAUGGCCUACAAGUCCCCGCAAACCCCAUCAUCCCCUUCAUCAUCGGCGAUGGGACCGGUCCGGACAUCUGGAACGCAUCGGUCAAGGUCUUCGACGCCGCGGUCGAGAAGGCAUACAACGGCGAGCGCAAACUGCAUUGGCACGAAACCCUCGCGGGACAGAAAGCGUUCGACGAGACGGGAGAUUGGCUCCCAGAGCAAACCCUCGAGGAUUUCCGCAAGUACCUCGUCGGGAUCAAAGGCCCACUCACCACCCCAGUCGGAGGGGGGAUCCGAUCGCUCAAUGUCGCGCUGCGUCAGAUCCUCGACCUCUACACAUGCUUGCGUCCAGUGCGUUGGUUUGAAGGCGUGCCUUCGCCAGUCAAAGCGCCUGAGAAGACCAACAUGGUCAUCUUCCGAGAGAACUCCGAGGACAUCUACGCCGGGAUCGAGUUUGAGGAAGGCAGCGAGGAUAACGCGAAGUUCAAAGCACUCCUCAAAGAAGCGUUCCCAGACCGAUUUGAGAAGAUCCGCUUCCCAGACACCAGCGGCAUCGGGAUCAAACCCGUCUCCAAAGAGGGGACGACGCGUAUCGUGAAAGCCGCGAUCCAGUACGCGAUCGACAACGACCGCGACAGCGUCACGCUCGUGCACAAGGGGAACAUCAUGAAGUUCACCGAGGGCGCGUUCAUGGAGUGGGGAUACGAGGUCGCGCGCGAGCAGUUCGGCGCCCAGCUCCUCGAUGGAGGUCCCUGGUGCACGCUCAAGAAUCCGAAGACCGGCAAAGAGAUCAUCAUCAAAGAUGUCAUCGCGGACGCGUUCCUGCAACAGAUCCUCACGCGUCCCGCGGAGUACGAUGUCGUUGCGACGAUGAACCUCAAUGGGGAUUACAUCUCCGACGCGCUCGCCGCGUGCGUGGGAGGGAUCGGCAUCGCGCCAGGCGCGAACAUCAACUACGACACAGGACACGCGAUCUUCGAAGCAACCCACGGCACCGCACCCAAGUACGCGAACCAAGACAAGGUCAAUCCAGGAUCCGUCAUCCUCUCAGGAGAGAUGAUGCUCAGGUUUAUGGGCUGGACCGAAGCCGCGGACCUGAUCAUCAAGGGGAUGAACGGCGCGAUCGGCGCGAAGACAGUCACCUACGACUUCGAGCGACUGAUGGAAGGGGCAACCCUCCGCAAGUGCUCGGAGUUUGGGGAUGAUGUGAUUAGCCACAUGGACUGA